CGGAACUGGCCGACCCCCAUGGUCUUUACCCUUAGAAAUAGCUUCUUGUCCCAAAAGACAAUUAACGUGCGAUUGAGAAGGGGUAUUAAUAGAGUGUUUUUCAUUUAUUUAAAAGAAAACGUUGGAGUAAAAUAAAACAACUAGUCGAGAAGGGGGGAAAUUAAAGAGAGGAAAUACCAAGUUAAUCGAGGAAUUUAUUCGUAUACUGCGUUCCACACGGUUUCUCUUUGACUGAUUAGCCUUUCUCUGGUGGAUUGAAUUGGACCUGGAAAGAAGGUUGAUUGGUGAAAGAAGUGGAUCAUUGUGAAAAAAUUACCUUCUGAGUCACUCUUCAGACUCUUCAGACACUACGCCUGAGAUAACGGAGACGGGAUCUCACCUUCAGCGACCACGCAAAACCCGCAGAAAAACGGCACCAAAAGCAUGGAGCCUGCCGAAUCAGAGAUGAGUAUUUUGUCCAAUGGGAAGAGUCACGAUCUCGGAGAUGACAUCAGCAUGCCUAUGAAAUCCCUGCCGGAGGAAGAUCAAUUUGAGGAUGAGGGAAAUGUGACCGAAUGCGAAGAGUUCCUACCAAACUCAGAAGGGAAGAAACCUAUGCGCUUCACAGAUUUUGAGGGUAAGACCUCUUUCGGAAUGUCUGUGUUCAACCUGGGGAAUGCCAUCAUGGGAAGUGGAAUUCUGGGAUUGGCGUAUGCCAUGGCCAACACUGGAAUCCUCCUUUUCCUGUUUCUACUCACCGCGGUGGCUGCCCUCUCCUCCUACUCUAUUCACCUGCUGCUCAAGUCCUCUGGCAUUGUGGGCAUCCGAGCCUAUGAGCAACUUGGCUUCAGGGCUUUCGGCACGCCUGGAAAAAUGGCCGCAGGGAUUGCCAUCACUUUGCAGAACAUCGGAGCUAUGUCUAGCUACCUGUACAUUGUGAAGUCAGAGCUGCCACUGGUCAUUCAGGCCUUCCUUAAAGCAGACACUCCUUCAGGGGAAUGGUACUUGAACGGAAACUACUUGGUGGUUUUGGUAUCCAUCGGCAUAAUCCUGCCCCUGGCCCUGAUGAAGCAGCUAGGUUACUUGGGCUACACCAGUGGCUUCUCUCUCAGCUGCAUGGUCUUCUUCCUCAUCUCGGUCAUCUUCAAGAAGUUCCAGAUUCCCUGCCCAUUUGAAGACUACUCUUAUAAUGGCACGGCGACCCUCUUGAAUGCCACCAGUGCGGGCUACCACAACGGGUACGUCCCUGCAGAGGAUGGCUCAGACUGCGCCCCUCGAAUGUUCACCCUCAACUCUCAGACUGCCUACACCGUCCCUAUUCUGGCCUUUGCUUUUGUGUGCCACCCCGAGGUCCUGCCUAUCUACACAGAACUACGCAACCCGACCAAGAGAAAGAUGCAGCACGUUGCCAACAUUUCCGUUUUGAUCAUGUACACCAUGUACUUCCUGGCUGCUCUUUUUGGCUACCUGACAUUUUACGGUAGAGUGGAGCCUGAGCUGCUGCACACGUACAGUCAGAUCGACCCCUACGACACCCUGAUCCUGUGUGUGCGUGUGGCCGUGCUCACUGCCGUCACUCUCACCGUCCCCAUCGUUCUCUUCCCGGUCCGCCGUGCGAUCCAGCAGAUGCUCUUCCCCGAGAAGACCUUCAACUGGCUGCGCCACAUCGCCAUCGCUGUCAUGCUGCUCAUCUUCAUCAACAUGCUGGUCAUCUUCGCCCCCAACAUCCUGGGAAUCUUCGGGAUCAUCGGCGCCACAUCCGCACCGUGCCUCAUCUUCAUCUUCCCGGCUGUCUUCUACAUCCGCAUCGUUUCCAAAGAAGACGAACCCAUGAACUCCACCCCAAAAAUCCUGGCUGCCUGUUUUGCUGGCCUUGGGGUGUUGUUUAUGACAAUGAGUCUGAGCUUCAUCAUCAUUGAUUGGACAACAGGGAGUAGUAACGCUGGCGGUCACUAAGAUCUACUUUGUGGGUGUGGGGGGUGGGGGUGGGGUUUAGAAUUGUUAUUUGUUUUUUUAGUUUUGAUCUGUUUGUAGUAGAUGCACCUUCUCUUUCUGAAGGGACGUUUCAGUGAAUCCAGGGCAGUUGGUGGAGACUGUACCAAGGUCCAAAACAACAUUUAGCCAAAAUAUGUGAAAGUGUGUUUUGGUUAUUUUUCAGCUUGAUGUAUCAGUGUUAAACAGUUCUGAAUACUUAGAGGUCUCACAUGAAUGUAUUUAUAAUGACCUAGUAAUUAUGCACCACAGUAACUAUUUGUUUCUCACAUUUCUAUGAAUGAAAAUAUCAUAAAUUAAUUAUUUCUAGUCAUAGACGUGGUAAACUUUUCCACGAAAUAUGAAAUACCCAGUGGUUGUACAGAGUAACAGAGCCUGGCAGACUGUCUGGAAAAGGUUGGUGCAUCUUACUAAAACCACAAUGGUAAUGCAGUAGAAAAUCAAGCUGGCUUGCUGAAAUGUCCCUGACUUUUGUAACCCUCCCCCCCGACCCCCAACACACACUCACAAACACUCAUCCCUGUCCAAACCCCAUUUCCAAAAUCCUGACGUUUGACCUUGUGAAUUACAGCUAGUACUGUACAAAAACAGAAUUGGAGCCCAGUCCGAUUUUAGAGUGUGGUAAAUUAUGCUACACGGUGAAAGAAACUGAAAAUAUUAUUUAGUAUUUUUAUAUAACGACUAAAACAAUACAUUGUUCUGUAAUUAGGACAGGGGGAAACAUAAUGUGCAAUAGCCAAGGUGAAUGUGGGGGCUGAACACUAUCAGACAGCUGUGGGAUCAUAAUGGGCGUGUCCUAGCUCAGUUCCCUGUGGUUGGUCAGAUUUUCUCAGUGGUUUUCACAGUGUUCCUCUGUUCCCACCAAACUAAUACUGUACCCUACAGGAAAAGGCCACAACAGAGUUAAGAAAGAUUAUAUUUGAUAAAAUAUAUCAAUGUUUUUACUUAAUGAAAUACACUAAUCGACCUCAAGAUGUUUAUUUUAAUAUGAUCAGGUAAUUUAAUACCUUUGAUAUAUUGACAUGUUAGUAUUGUUAUUCCUACUCCCUUGGUGUGUAUUGAUGUCCAUUGACAGCUGUAAACAGUGAAACGCUGUCCCUUCAUGCCAGGGUGUUUUUAUGUCUGACUCAUUACAUCCCAAUGUGUCACAUCCUGGCUGUUUUAAAUGAACCUUAGCAAGCAUUAGCGAAGGCCAGUCAGUGUGCUGGUGUCAAGGCUGUGCCCUGGAUACACACCGGUUUCUGUCAGGCCAGUAAGGGCUUGAGCUCUCUGACACAAUGAAUGAUGAACUAGUGCAGCAGCAUUGUAUUAUGUUCAAUUUGGGAGUUGUGACAGAAAAAACUUAAAUAACAAAAUAACAAAAAAACAAAAACAUUCAUAAUGAGGGCUUUCUCCCCCAUUAUGAAUGUCAAGGCUGUCAGUCUGUGUGUGUGUGAAUAUUCUAGAUUUGGCAAAGCACAAUGUACAAGGGACAUUUCCCUGUAGUAAUUUUGUUAUCAUACAGUUAAGAUGGCUACAUAAGCUUAUGGCUGUGGGUAAAAAUAGAGAUCUUUCCAUACUGCCAUUUAACCAUAGGUUAUAGGUUACAGGUGAUGCACUGAAUCAAUUUAGUUUAAAAGUACAAAUUCUUACACUCAUAGCAAGUAAUAACACAGGCACAGAAACAGAUCCUUUUUUUAAAUUUACUGCUCAUUUGAUAUACUGGCCUUUGUAAUAGAAAUCAUAAGCUAUGCUCUGACAAAUUAGUUUAAAAUUGUACAAGACUUUUGUAUGUAUUCUUGAAUACAGUCUAGAGGUUUAGAAGAUGCAGAACACAUGGAAAAACGACGUGAAACUGCCUGUAUUUGGUUUUCCACACCGUACCAAAAACCAGUACCACAGAUCAUCCUUCAUGAUUAUGGAAGUAAUGAUUUGCAGUGUAUUUUAUUUAUCAGAAUAUCACUGGGACUGCAAAACCACGUGAUUCAUGUCGUGUACACAUUGUUGAGAGAGCCUGUAGGUAUUUAAAUAUCUGUGCUUCUCCUUGCUGUACAGUAUUGAGACUGUAGCUAAACACUAAAAAUAUACAAUCAUGUUAAUUAUGAUCAACAUCUCUAUUUUGGGUUGAAGUGAGUGAUCUCACUCCUUAUAGUUGAGAGAACUUGUCGACAUCCCAGUUCUAGACCGUGUGAAUUUUCUGAAGCUUUGUAGCUCAUGUACUACAGGUGGUUGUGACAAAUUGGCAGUUAAAAUGGUGGUGCUGUUUCAAUCCUUUCUGAAUUCUCUACAUGGAGGUUUUUGUUAAAAGAGCAUUUAUAGCACUAUAUUGUGCUAUCGGGUCUCUAGUUCGCCUGUGUAUUUAUGGUGUUUUGUGAUAUAUUGCAGUUUUUAAACGAAUGUAGUAUAAUUAUUUUAAGUUAAACCUGAAUGGCUUUGAUCCUCUUGUAUAUGAAAAUAAUAAGCCCUUCUUCUGUAUGUGUCUUCUGUAUUGUAGUAAUGUUAUCACAGCAAUGCUUUUUAUUUAGGAAUUGGUCCAAAAAAGGCACUGGAGAAUAGUUCUCAGUUAUGAAUUGGUAUAUGUAGAAAGCUUGGGUAAAACACAUAAUUGAAUAUUUAAUCUGUUUUAAUCAAAUUGAUCAAGGUUAUUUUCUUCAUCAUCCUUAGUUUGUGGGUUAGGAAGGGCCCAUUUUCAGUCCGUAAUAAGUGCAUCGCUUGCACAUGAAGGAUUCUCUCAAAAGUACAUUCAACCAGAUAACAAAUUGAGCCAAGUUAGUUAGACUUCACCUCAAGGACAGACGCUUUUUUAAGAUAUUUAUUUUUUACCUGUUAGUCUGUCUGGAAUUGUUUCUGUAUCCUAUUUUGCAGGAUGCCUUUUUAUAAUUACACAAACUUCCAUAUUUUUUGGAUGAUAAAAUGUAGUGACAUGUUUUUAAAAGAAAAUCAUAUUGUAACUGACCCUUGUACACUAGUGAUAAAAACAUUGAUAUGGAUAAUGUUGUUGGCCAUUUUUUUUGUUCACUGCCACAAGUUGAGAAACAACAAUGGCAAUGGAAAUGGUAAUCCACAAAAAAAUUACAUUUAAAUGACCCUACUAUCUACAGCUUUAAUCACAAAUGAGCCAAACUAUAUAACUUCAGUCCUAAUAAUACAGUUGUUAUUUUCUAUUAGCUUAUUGUAAAUUAUUGAUUUCUGCUACAGUACAGUCUUUUUUGUGUACAAUAAUUAAUCUUAAUUUACAAACCAUUUUAAGUUUUCAUCUGUACAGGUUUAUUAUUCAUAUAAACAAUAUUUUAACAGCCAUGAAUCUACAUCUCUUUCAACUCACCACUUCUAUUGCAUGCUUUGUAGAAGCUGAGAUUGGGCCAAAAAUAGUUAGAUGAACAGGAAUGGUCAAACUUAUUUUUUCCUGUACCAGUCAUCAUUGAAAUUGUGCUUGUAUAUUUCUGAUAUCGAACAUUGCUCUGUGAUGCUGUUCUUGUUAAUAUAAAGUCACAUAGGGUGAGGAGAUGCUGUUUUCUCCUUGACAUGGAGGCCAUAGCAUGACUCCAUGCUGUUGUCUUUUCAAGCAUAAAGUGGAUAGCAGGUCUGAGGUGGGAAAGAUUUGGGGAGGUAUAGAUGAGUUUUGUUUUUUUGACUGCCGUCGAUCUGGACAUUGUAGGAUAUCAAGGACAAUACCAGGGCAUAAUGCUCCAUUCAAACUGUAGGUUCAUCACCAGGGUGCACACAGGACUGUAGGGAAGCCAUCUUAUCUGUCUUGAGUUAAAGGAUGGAUUCAACUUUACUGGGGACCACAGAACAUGAGGGACUUGGUAAGUGGAGGUAUGUUCCACGUGCCAAGUCCAAAAUGUUACCGCACUCAUCAUUGACUUGAAUUUUGUGAAAAAAAACUCAGAUUCCUAAAUGUAUGUUCAUGCUGAGCAUUUGAUGUAGCUUCCAGUUGGGCCUGUCAUUUUUGACCAGUCACUUCAGAUUGCAAGUAUCUGCUGAACAAACCAUGUCCCUGGUAACAUUCCUUAAUAAAAGACAGUGGGAGCCAAGUCAAAAAAUAUGAUGUGAUAUGAGUGCAUUUCUGGUGAAUCACUGGCAAAGCCAAACCGUGUUUUGUGAAUUAAUGUUAGCAUAUAUGCACCAAUGCAUUGUUGUGUGCAGGACAAACCACGUGCAAUGAUGGAAAAAGCCCACAUUAAAACAAUUUUGUUUUCUCUCUUAUUUCUCUAGUUUCUGAUUCCAAAAUGAGAAAAAGAUUGCAGGUCAGCAGUGUGACAGCAUUGUGUAAACUCCCGAUUACACCCCCCUUUAUCUGUACAGUGACAUUUCUGUGUCCUCUGUUAUCUGUGGCAUGUAUCAGAGGUUUCUUCUGAAAAGGCUUGAGUUAGAAAUUGUCUCAUUGUCAAUUCAUUCAGAACUGAGGGACAUGUAUACAAUAAAUACUACAUUACGGCUCUUGGGAGUGACAGCUGGGUUAUUUCUGAUAUUACUCAUGGAGGCCUGUUUUUUUUUUUUUUUUCUGAAUAGCUGUUCUUUUGUUUUGUGAUUUACUUGAUAAUGAUAAUACAAUAAUGAAAUAUCAAUGAGUGACAACUGUUUCAAUAUUGGGCUUACAGGCAACAUUUAUAAAUAAUGUAAAUAAAUGUAAACCCUUUAUAUUCCUAAGGCAUAUCUAGCUUGUAUAGUGUAAAUAGCUGGGAUAGUUGUAGUUUGACAAUAAAAAAAUGUACUCAUUUUCAAAAGUG